UAAUUACAGAUACGCGUUUUUACACCUUUGUCAUUUAUUUAAAUCAUGUCUUUUUCAUUUGGAGCACAAACCGCUAGUACAGGGUUUGGAGGUGGUUUCGGACAAACCGCCACAUCAACAGCAUUCGGACAACCUGCCACCUCUACACCUUUCGGACAACCCGCAACCUCUACCCCAUUUGGACAAACAGCAACACCUUUUGGGCAAACCGCGACCUCUACACCUUUUGGACAACCUGCAACCUCUACAGGCUUUUCCUUUGGAGCACCUGCUGCUAAUAAUGCUACUUCAGCUGCUCCUAGUACAGGAUUUUCAUUUGGAGCGCCUGCCACCACUACAGCGGCACCCACCACAGGCUUCUCAUUUGGAGCUUCUGCUCCUGCUACAUCAGCAGCACCCACCACAGGCUUCUCAUUUGGAGCAUCCAAUACUACUACAACUUCUGCACCCACUUCAGGCUUCUCUUUUGGAGCACCCACAGGCUCUUUAUUUGGCUCUAAACCAUCUGCAUUCGGCUUAAAUUCCACCCCAACAAACAACAAUUUAUUUGGAGCUAACAAGGAUGGACAACAACAACAACAACAACAACAACAACAAAGGGAUCAACAAAUUUACCAAUUAUUAGCUCAAGCCGAUGCCGAAGCAAGGAAGGCAUCUGUGUUAUCAAUUACCAGUGCUGAUUAUAAACCAGAGAAUGUUUGGCAUGCUUUAGCAUUGUUAAAAUCUUGGUGGGAUCCCAAAUCACCUAACUGUCGAUUUAAACAUUACUUUUAUAACGUGGUUCCUGCUCAAGAGGUUCAUUUAUAUCAAAAACCUGUUGAUCACGACCAAGCCGCAUGGGAUGCUGCACAAGCUGCUAAUCCUGACCCUAAAACUAUGGUGCCUGCUCUUGCUAUUGGCUUUGACGACGUACAAAAGAGAAUGGAUCAACAACAAAGAUUAAGUGAAGCUCACAGCGAAAAGUUACUCCAGAUUCAAGAAAUAUUGAAAAAAAUUCAUUUAAAAGACAUGCUAGAGACGGCUACUAAAGUGGCUGAAUACAAACGUAGACAUAUGGAAGCUGCACAAAGAGUGAUCAAGUUUUUAAAAUAUGCUCAAGUAUUGCGUAAUAAAGGCUUAUCUAUCACACCUGAUGAAGAAGUAAUGCGUGCACGAUUCGAGAAUAUCAAAGACCAAUUACAAAGAUCCGAACAAUUCCAUGGUAAACUGAGUCAGUUAUGGGCCCAGUUACAGCUCAUUAAAGAAUCAGGGCGAAAGUAUGGUAAAAUCGACGGGGUUGAUGAAUGGUAUGCUGUUAGUGAGAAUGACAUGCGUGGUAUCACAAAGAUUUUAGAAGAACAGGAUAACGGUGUACAACAUAUUAUUGAAGUUAUUAACAAAGAUACAAAGGACAUUGACAUGAUCCGUAAAGGAUGGAGAGGUGAUAACCAACAAAACUAUUACUAAAUAAUAAUAAUAAUAAAAAAAAAGAAAUAUUUUAUUAUA